GACGAACAUAGGUCUACUUCUUCAUCAUGGCUGGCUCAGACUCCGGGAAAACUACCCAAGAGGGGAGUGGUAACAAAAGUGAUGGUGCCAGUUUUGGCUUCAAGAUGUACAUCUUGUUGGUGCUGACCCUCAACGCCACCGGGUACAUCCUCCUGAUCCGCUACACCCGCUCCAGGGACGACGUACCCAUGUACUUCAGCACCACCACCGUCCUCCUGUCUGAGUGCUCCAAGCUCUCCAUCAGUCUCAUCCUCCUCAUCAAGGAGCAUAAGAGCGUGGUGGGGAUGAUCAGGGACGUCUACCACAACGUGCUCUGCAACCCUUCGGAUACCUUCAAGAUGUGCAUCCCGAGCAUCAUCUACGCACUGCAGAACAACCUGGCCUUUGUGGCCCUGUCCAACCUGGAUGCUGCAACGUAUCAGAUAACGUAUCAGUUGAAGAUCAUCACGACGGCGGUGUUCAUGGUGGUGAUGAUAGGGAAGAAGAUCAACCCAAUGCAGUGGCUGGCAAUCUUUCUCCUCUUCGCCGGUGUGGCAGCGGUCCAGGUGGAAUCAGCAAACACAAAAGAAGAUAUGAAACAUUAUAAUUACAUGAAGGGAUUAAUAUCGAUCAUAGUCUCGUGUCUCUGCUCAGGAUUUGCAGGUGUAUAUUUUGAAAAAGUUCUGAAAGGAACGGAAACAACGUUAUGGAUACGGAAUGUUCAGAUGUACCUAUUUGGGAUCCUGAGUGGUCUUGUAGCAGUAUUCACCAAAGAUUAUAACAACGUCAUGACGCAUGGAUUCCUCUAUGGCUAUGACGUAUACGUUUUUGUGAUUAUUGGAAUGGCGAGUAUAGGAGGCCUAUACACCUCCAUUGUAGUCAAGUACCUGGACAACAUCAUCAAGGGUUUCUCCACCGCUGUAUCUAUCGUCAUGGCAGCUCUAGGAUCGUUUCUGUUCUUCGGAAAGUCGUUUGGCUAUCUGUUCAUGGGCGGAUCGGUUCUUGUGACUGUCGCCAUCUAUCUCUACAGCCUCCCCAAGCCGGCUGCAGGCGGCCCGCAGAAGGCCCGGGGGCCACAGAACGUCUAGGGGCUCCGUCGAUGGGCUAGUCUAUGGACCGAAGGGGGAAAGCUCCCCAUGAUUUGUAAAUCAGGCUCUGUUUAAAGUCGCGCACCGCUGCAAUGCGGCCCCUGGAAUUACAGUCCCAUCGAGCCACUUGCAAAUGGAUUCGUUGGGGGUAAUCCCCUCAUUAGUGCAGCGGUCACCGUGGAAAUAGUGUACCUCUGAUACCUCAGUUCUUGGUGCUUUUAGAGCAACCACCGAAAGAGAGAGAAAUUGGUGAAUCUGUUGUGUCAACUCCCUGCUCGAAUGUGUCACUGCUUAUCUAGGACUGUACAAUGCAAUCUUGCACCUAAAAACUAAUAUCAAAACAUUUAGUAAUGUUAUGAAUACUAUAGCAUUUCGCAAACACUGUGUGUUUACGAGGUGCGGUCGGAAAGCGGUGUAUUUUUAGUGUUAUAAAAUGUACAUCAAGUGUAUUUUUGUUUGUAGUGUGUUUCCAUUUCUCUCGGGAAGUUUGUACUUUAAAUUAUUCAAGUAGACUAGUACUCAUAUUGUCACAUCUUGCUAUUUGUACUUAUUUAAAGACUUAAACCUUUAAUUCUCGUUCAGAUAUGACACAACAAAACGUUUCUUGAUUAAAAUGACAGAUUUUCUAUUCCGUUUGGAAAUUAUAAAUCAGAACUGAACAUUGUGAGAUUUUAAUGGUCAAAGCUACCAUUGUAUGUAUUUCAAUUUUUCAUAAUCCUUAAGAGCCCAAUUUUUUCAAAGUUGCUUAUUCUAACACUAGGUUUCACAAUAGUAAUGCAAAUUUUAAAUUGCAUAAUCCAAUCCUGUUGAAAUAUUACCAAAACUUUGUAUUACCUUUUAAGUAAUUGCAAGGUAGUUACAUGUGCAAUUUUGCUCAACCGUGAAAUAUGCAUAAGUUUUAUGAAAUUAAAAGAUGAAUUUGAAAAGAUCAUGUGCAACAAAAGUUUCAAGGGAUGAAAUGAACUCUCUAUUUCUUAACUCAAUGAGUCAGUGAUUUAUUCUAAUGAAGCCCGCUCUAAAGAUUUUAUCAUAGGUAUUUAUAGAUGAACCUAUUAUUAUUAAGACUAUAUAAAGCCAAGGUUAAUAAUAUCAAAAUUUCUUUGUAAGCGCAUAGGAACAUGAUAUACAAUAUACAAAUAAAAAAUAUCAUAUUAUUUGGAGUAUAAUUGCAACUUUAUUUGCAAGAGCUCAAAACAACACCUAAUGGUUUCCUUUAUUUUCAUGUCCUUGUUCUGGUUCAUUGGGAUGUUUGUUUUGUUUUGUUUUGUUUUCUGUUAUUUUACUUUUAGUAUUUAUAAGGUACACCAGGCGAGCAAGUGCCAGAUAACUCUAAUCUAAUGUCUCAGAAAGUAUUUGAAAUGACUUCCAAAUUGAAGUGUGCAAGAUGGAAUGAUAAAACUUAAUUUUGAAAGUGUAAGAUAACUUAUUAAUACGGACAGUACUG